GCCGGUGAUUAUCUAAAGUUCACGUUCCCUCUGUCAUACACGGUAUUCAUGCUUAGCUGGGGAGGAACCGAUUUUAUUCAAGGUUUUCAACUAGCUAAUCAAACAAAAUUCCUCCAGCAACAAAUAAAAUGGGCCACAGAUUGGUUGAUAAAAGCGCAUCCUACGCCAACCACUUUAUAUGUACAAGUUGGAGAUAUCGAUGUUGAUAAUAACUCAUUUGGACCUGACACGGACAUACCAGAGCCAAGGCCGUGUUACAAUAUUAAUGAACAAUUCUUUGGCACAGAUGCUGCAGCGAUGGCAGCUGUCGCCUUUUCCAGUGCUUCCAUGCUUUUCAACAAACUUUCCAAUGUCACAGGAAGCAAUGCUACGAAUAAUACGGACACAAACUAUGCAAAUACAUUAAUGACACAUGCUACUGAACUAUACAAUGCAGCACGAAAUAUUCGGCCGUACAAAUUGUAUCAAACGUCUAUUUUUACUUCAACUCAUGUUUACUCCAGUUCAGAUUACUUUGAUGAGUUAUUGCUGGCUAGUCUAUCAAUGUACAGAGCAACAGGGAAUUCCACCUAUUUAGAGCACCUCUUUCAAAUGUUUUCAGAAGUUGAAGGCCUCGAUAACCAUACGGAACCCUUAGAUUGGGAUAACAAGUGGGGCGCCUUUUAUGUUCUGCUGGCUGAAACGAUGCUCGAUCACCAAGAUCGCAGUCAGGCUAUUCAGGCCAGAGAGGGCGCCGAGAAAUAUUUGGAUAGCAUCGUUGAUGGCACAACAGCCAACAAGACAAGAGGCGGGCUAUUAUUCUGGGAUGGUUAUAGCAAUUUAAACAGCAAUUCAGUUGCUAUGAGUACAAGCUAUUUGCUUCUAUAUUAUGCUGCUAAAGUACUACAUCCCUUAGCGGAUAGGGGACACGAAGACGGAAGCGAUUUGUUGAGAAAGGCAAAGAGCUAUCAAGACUUGGCACAAUCUCAAUUGGAUUAUGUGUUUGGAAUGAAUCCUAUCCAUCAAAAUUAUGUUGUUGGGGAGCGACCCAAUUCACCAAGAUUUCCUCACUCUGCUCCUGCAAGUGGCUUCACAUCGCUUGCAGAAGCGGCAAUGAAGGCUGGAGACCGUAGCCAUGCAAAAACAAUUCACGGCGCAUUGGUGGGCGGACCUGCUGCUGAUGAUACCUUUAACGAUGUACUGCUCGAUUGGUCUCAAACGGAAAUAGCCUUGGAUUACAACGCACCCUAUCAAAAUCUUCUAGCGUACCAAGUCAUGUAUAACUCUGAUGGUCCAUUUUAUCUGAGGAACGAGAACGAUAAUAAAGACAAUCCUUUGGAUACGCCUUCCACUGCCACCAAUAACAAGCUGCAAACCUGGAGACUUGGACUUGCAAUUCUAUUCCCUUUGUUGACAGCACUAAGUAUUGCUGCUGGAGGCAUCUGGUACUUGAAGCGUCGUCAAAAAAUUCGCAACAUCGACGGAAAAGCACAGCAAAUAAAGACAAUCACAUAACUAUUAUAAAUGUUGGCUUCACCUUCAUCUAUAUAUACCGUAACUGAGCCAUCAUGUUAACAUCCUCCUAUAUAUAUUAUAGUGCGACGUCAUCCUAUGAGUGGCCAAUUCACGCAUUACAUCUCUGCAUAUAAUAAACAAGCAUUAUUUCAUUCAGUAAUAUUAGAUAUGAUUCGAAGAAAAAAAGACAUUGAAG